AUGGGAAUUCAUAAACUAAUGGAUUUAUUAAGAGAAAAAGCUCCAAAAUGUAUAAAAACAGCAGAUUUAAAAUUUUAUGGAGGUCGUUAAGUUGCAUGUGAUGCUUCAAUGGCAAUGUAUUAAUUUUUGGCUACCACAAGUAGUUCAUCAGAUUUCCAAAUAUACAAUUUAACAGAUAAAGAUGGAAAUAAAACAGCUCAUUUAGUCGGUUUAUUUAAUCGUACAGUAAUGCUUAUUGAUAGUGGAAUAAAGCCUGCAUGGAUUUUUGAUGGAAAACCCCCUGAAUUUAAAUCUGGUGAACUUACAAAAAGACAAAAAGCAAAAGCAAAUGCAUUAGAAAAAUAGAAAGCAGCUUUAGAUAUUGGAGACAUGGAAGAAGCUUUAAAAAUGGAACAAAGAAAUUUAUUUAUAACAAAAGACAUGAAAAAUGAUGCGAUUAAAAUGCUCCAAUUAUUAGGAGUUCCUGUAAUUCAAGCUCCUUGUGAAGCUGAAGCUUAAUGUGCAGCUCUUACAAAGGCUAAAAAAGUAUUCGCUACAGUAACUGAAGAUAUGGAUGCCUUAACUUUUGGGACUCCGACUUUAUUAAGGGGUUUGAAUAGUAAAAAAGAGCCUAUUAUAGAAAUCGAUUAUAAUUUGAUGUUAUAGGAAUUAGAAUUGACAUAGGAAUAAUUUGUAGAUUUGUGCAUACUUUGUGGAUGUGAUUAUUUAGUUAGAAUCGAUGGUAUUGGGCCUAUUACGGCUUAUAAAUUAAUUAAAGAACAUUUAACUUUGGAAAAUGUGAUUGCUUAUAUGGAAAAGGCAAAUGAUGAAAAUUCUAAAAAAUAAAAAUUUAAAAUUCCAAGCGAAUAUAAUUAUGUUGGAGCUAGAGAUUUGUUCUUUAAUCCAGUUAUUGAAGAUCCCGAAAAAAUGGAGUUAAAAUGGACGAAACCAGAUAUUGAAGGCUUAAAAUAAUUUUUAGUUUAAGAAAAAGGAUUUAAUGAAGAUAGAGUUAUGAAUUAAGUUAGAUAAGAAAACUAAAAAUUAAUUAAAAAAAAAAAGUUUUUAUGA